GUACAUAAGUGGGUCAAUUAUGAAUCCAUGCUUGAAAAAUGUUUUGUUGGAAAACUGAAAACAACUCCCGUCCAAAAAAGGGGAAGCCUGUCCUCCCUACUUCGACUCAAACCUAGUACUCCUAACGGUCCAUUAAAGCCACCUGCACCAAUGGGACCACCUCCUACAAUGGGACCACCCCCUCCACCAGAGCCCAGCCCUCCACGGUUUGAUUGGUACCAGAAUGAUAAGACUGUAACCCUCGUGGUGUACACCAAAUGGAAAGAGAUGAGAAAGGAGAAUAUCAUUAUAGACAGAAAUGGUCGCGACCUAACAGCUUGUGUGUACAUAGAGGACCACACCUUCACUAUACAUAUAGAUUUAGAAGAUGACAUCUCUGAUGAUUACGAAGUGACGGUACAGAAACAGUCAGGGAAGACAGAGUUGGUAUUACAGAAACAGACAACUGGGCAGCAGUGGCGAGGGCUGGGCAAGGUCCUGGACGGACAUAACACCUACAUACCUACAAAUGAUAAAGGUGUUGUAUUGCUUAAGACUGUAUCAGAGAUCAACCUCAUAGAGCUGCUGUACAGGGUUGAUAUGAAGCAUAUAACAACAUAA